GUUAUAGUUCUUGUGGAAAGUGUGACAUAAAGGGUGAAUAUUUGGAUAAUAGAGUUACCUUUCCACCAGGAAAUUAUAAUUUAAGAAAUAACGAAAAUUUCCGAUCAAAAUUAGAUACAGCACAUCAUAAUCAAGCCUCAAUAAUAGAAUUACUACCCAUUGAUUUAGUAGAAGAUGUGCCAGUCGAUUUUAUGCAUCUUGUGUGCCUGGGAGUGACCAGAAAAUAACUAUUUUUAUGGGUGAAAGGAAAAAAAUGUCCAGGUCGUCUGCGUCCUCACCAAGUUGACCAAUUAUCCACUAAUUUGCUAAAAAUCAAAACCUCAAUACCAAAAGAAUUUUCAAGAAAACCACGUCCAAUUAGAGAUCUCGAACACUGGAAAGCAACUGAAUACAGACAGUUUAUUUUAUAUACUGGCCCCACAGUUUUGAAGAAAAUCCUUGCUCCUCAAUUUUACCAGCAUUUUUUGUGUUUCCACGUAGCCAUCACGAUUCUUGCAAAUCCUAACACUUAUCUGAGUAAAAAUAAUUAUGCACAAGAGCUACUAAUAUAUUUCGUUAAUAACUUUGGUGAAUUAUAUGGGAAAAAGUAUAACAGUCAUAAUCUUCAUAAUUUACUACAUUUAUCCCGGGAUUGCAUUCGACACGGUCCCCUUGACCAAUUUAGUGCUUUCCCGUUUGAAAAUAAGUUACAACAAAUAAAGAGAUUGGUGAGAUCUCCAUCUCUCCCCUUGCAACAAGUUUACCGGCGGUUAGUUGAAAGAGAAAAAAUAGACCUGUCCUCUUUCAAGCAGCCAGUUUGUCAAGUAUCGUUUUUCCAAGUCGACAUUAAUUCACCCGAGUGUUUCAAAGUGUGUAAGUUUGCAAAUUUCGAAUUAUCCAACAAAUUAGGGAACAAUUUUUGCAAACUAAAAGAUGGAACUAUAAUUAAAAUUCACCAUUUUGUUAGAGGAUCACCUUCAGAAUUAUUUGGACAGAAGUUUAAAAAACGUGAAGAUUUUUUUCAAUCUCCUUGUCCUUCUUCUUUAAUUGGUGUUCAACUUAUCUCCGACUUGAGUGCAGUACGAAGAUUUAAUAUUAAUUUAAUCGAAUCAAAAUGUGUAGUACUUCCAUUUGAGACUGAAUUUAUAUGCUAUCCCUUGAUUCACAGUGAAAUUCAGUGACUUUUUACAAUGCCGUACUCUAUAGUUCAUUUUGUUGAAACUGACGAGGUAGAAAUUAUCCCAAUCAAUUGGCUGUCAGCAAGUAAAAAUAAAUGUUGGUGGCCGCCGUACAAAUCUUCAGAACGCCAAUCGAAGGCCGUCAUGAAUGGGGACACGCCAAAUCAGCAAGUUUGGUUAUCGUUUGACGUAAAAGUUUUAGGCGGAGGCAAAAUAUUUGGUUCUUAUAAUCAAGCAAAAAAUAAUGUUGGAAAAGCAUUGGAAGAAACUGAUCCGGAAUUUGAGAGCGACUUGGAAGUAACUGGUCGAGGGCAACGACACAAGAAAACUGUUCAUCUACCAUCGCCCGGCGACUCCGAUAGUGAAGAAGAACCGCCCAAAAUGAAGCAAAAUCGUUCUAUUCCCACGAAGACAAUACCGCCGCCACCACAAUAUUUUAUAUAA